UAGAAAAGGAAAGGGUAGUUUAAAAAUGUAGUACAACGCUGAACCGAGUUAUCAGAGACGUGAAACUCUUACUAGCUUUAAUUGCCUUACACAUCACAUGGGGGUUUUGAUCAAUUCAAAUGAUACACGUCCUUGAGCAUUUUAACAAUGAAAGAAGGGUUUAUGUUUAUUGCAGAGCACCAAUAAUGGACAUGUUUUCUAGUAGCUACUGUCAAUGACCGUAGGCCCAGUAGUUUAGACAGUACACACCCGUUUGCAAAGUGUUCUUAUGAAACCUUUAAUCCUCUACACACUGGCUCUGCCUACUGAAAUGCAAGAGAUUAGUGCAAACAACUCAACACUAACCAGUCUACCCCCGAACUACCGUAAUAUCAAACUAGGCCGAGAAGACCUGCAAGCGGCUGUAAUCUAAAACCGAUUUUUGUUGCGCUGUCUUGGAACCCCGCCCCUUUUCUUUCGUCGUAACUUCUUUUUUUCCUUCACUUUUUUGUAGGGUAGAACGUCUGUGACCAAUAACCAACAGUCCGCCACCACUCUGACGGGAACGGACGCUCAACACGGUCCUUCCCCGUGUCCUUUGAGCUGUGCAGGAAGUGUUUAGUGUAGCUAUAUAUCGUCAGCAUUCUGGUUCAUUGGUGUAUUCAUACUUACAGUACAAGCUUAAACUUGUUAGGUCAAGGAGUAAGUACGUUUGGCGGUUCACUUACUUGCAAAGAACCUCUGUAGUUCUUCUCAUCGAAAAAAGGAUGGCUCGUCGUGUGGCCGUGAUCGGAGCAGGCAGCUCUGGGCUGGCCUGCAUUAAGUGCUGCUUGGACGAGGGUCUAGAACCGGUGUGUUUCGAGAGCAGCGAUGACAUCGGAGGACUCUGGAGGUUUAAGGAGAAUCCUGAACCAGACAGGGCCAGCAUCUAUCAUUCCGUGAUCAUCAACACGUCAAAGGAGAUGAUGUGUUACAGUGAUUUUCCGAUUCCGGCCCACUUUCCAAACUAUAUGCAUAACACGUACAUCAUGGAUUAUUUUCGCCUGUAUGCCGAACGCUUCCAGCUCAUGCGCUAUGUCCGCCUUCAGACAAAAGUCCUGCAUAUCAUUCCAAAAUCAGACUUCGCUCAAUCUGGCCAGUGGGAUAUAGAGACGGAGGACGGAGAUGGGAAGAAAGAGAAACACGUGUUUGACGCUGUGCUGGUCUGCACCGGACACCACUGUCACCCCAACCUUCCCUUGAAAGACUUCCCAGGAAUAGACACAUUCAAAGGGAAAUACUUCCACAGCCGGGACUACAAAACUCCGGAGGAAUGGCGUCACAAGAGGGCGGUUGUGAUCGGAAUCGGCAACUCGGGAAGCGACAUCGCCGUGGAGCUUAGCAGGAUGACCAAGCAGGUUUUCCUGAGCACCAGGAAAGGUUCCUGGAUCCGUAACCGCGUGGGGUAUAGGGGCAUUCCCUUAGACAUGACCUUCACCAGGGUGGACCAAAUUCUUGCUUCUUAUUUUCCCCACACGGUCAUCUCACACCUGGUGGAGAAGUCUCUCAAUAAAAGAUUCAACCAUGAGCUGUACGGUCUGAAGCCAAAACACAGGGCAUACAGCGAGCAUCCCACAUUGAACGAUGAGCUGCCCAACCGCAUCAUCUCGGGCACUGUGCUGGUGAAGCCCAACGUGAAGGAGUUCCGUGGUUCUGCUGUGGUCUUCGAGGACGGCACGGUUGAGGACCACAUCGACCUGGUCGUGUUUGCCACCGGUUACACAUUCUCCUUCCCCUUCCUCCCGGCUCACGUCCUGUCCGUAACUGCGAACAAGAUGCCGCUGUAUAAAUACGUCUUCCCACCGGACCUCGACAAGCCCACACUGGCUGUGAUUGGUCUCAUCCAGCCCCUGGGAGCCAUCAUGCCCAUCUCCGAGAUGCAAGCUCGCUGGGCCACGCGUGUCUUCAAAGGAGUGAAGAAGCUUCCUUCCCAGAGUGCCAUGCUAGAAGACAUCAAAGCCAAGAAGGAGACCAUGGCUAAGAGGUACGUGGCCUCUCAGAGACACACGAUCCAGGUGGACUAUAUGGCCUACAUGGACGAGUUAGCAGACCAAGUGGGUGUGCGCCCCAGUAUCCUGUGGCUGCUUCUGACGGAUCCGGCCAUAGGUUUCAGGGUCCUUUUUGGUCCCUGCACCCCCUACCAGUAUCGGCUGCGUGGGCCAGGCCGGUGGGAGGGGGCUCGCCGUGCCAUCCUCACCCAAUGGGAGCGCUUGGCCACGCCCCUGAAGACACGCAGUGCCCCGGUGCAGGAGCCGAGCCACUCUGCCCUCCCCGUUGUCCUCACGGCAUCUGCCGCAGCCGUGAUCUCAGCUGCCUACUACACCAGGGCCAGCCUGCCCGACGUGCUCUCGGGUGUCUCGUCUCUGCUGGAAAGGUUGAGGGCUUACCUGCCGCUACCAGCGUCCCUGCGGUGAAACUCUGUCUCAAAACAGUGAUGCAUACGGUUAAUCCUUAUACUACAAUGCCAAUGGAAAUUUAAGUUUAGGCUUAGGCCUGAUGUGGGGAUGAUUCCACUAAAUUUAAAUUCGCUAAAUGGUAGUUCUUUAUGCUUAGUUUCCUGUAUUAAAGACUUUUCUAAUUCUGGAAAUGUUGCCAUUGUGUAUUAAAUUCAGCAUUCAUAUUCUUACUUUUCUGAAGCAAUUUUAGUGGAUUUAAUAGUGAAGCAUUUGUGUAUACAGUAAACCAAAAUACACACAGACCAUCUAAAGGAUCAUAAUCAAGAGCUUCACAUUUAUUUUGUAUUGCUAAAAUGUCUGAGAGGUUAUUGUUUUGCUCUCUAUGUAUCUCUAAAGCCAAAUGUUUGAUAAAUAAACACAAAUACCCUGAA